AUGAAUGCUAUAAGACAAACACAACUCAAGACAAACCAAGAGAAGUUGGUAUCAAUUCGUGGAGAGAAGUAUACAGUAGGAUUAUAUAGAUAUACGCCAACAAUGAGCAACGGGAAUCCCACUACUGCAGAGUUUACGUUUGAGUCUACAGGGUUUUUGUCACCCAUUAAGCAACAAACUCACACUCAACAAUCACAUAUGAUGGAUCUACAAAUGGGCACGCCAUUGGGUUAUAACCAUCCCAUGAGCAGUAGUAAUGGUACUGGCAUUGGUAAUGGAAAUGCCAACGGGAAUGGAGGGUCCCCAUUGAAACUGCAAAUACACAAUGACGCUCCAAUGUCAACAUCAACUUCAACGUCACCGUCACAAAUACCGAAUGGCUCCUCUUCAACAAGAAUUAUUGAAACGUUACAUGAUAAAGUUGAUGAUUUGACAAAGACUAACAUUCAGUUGACGUUACAAUCUCAAAACCUUUUAGGUAAAUUGGAGAAUUAUCAAUCGCGAUCUACCAAGUUGAAUGAAUCUUUAUCUGUAUUGAAACAUGAACAUGAUAAUUUAACAUCAAUGAUAAAUAGGAAACAAAGAAAAUUAAAUGAUAUUGAAAAUGAAUUAGAGAAAUUACAACAAAAUUAUGAGAAAAUUCAUACGGAAAAUGAUUCAUCAUCAUCUAAAUAUGAUGAUUUUGAUCAAGUGGAGAAAAAUUUACAAUCAGAAAUUGAAAAUUUACAAACUCAAUACGAUAGUUUAUUACAAUCACAAAUACAUUAUAAAGAUCAUUAUUCUAUGGAAUUAAAUUCUAUAAUAUCACAAAUAAAUGAAUUGAAAUCGAAAAGGAAAGAACAACUUCAAAAUCAAUUAAAUAAGGAAUCCAAUAAAUUACAACAACUUCAUGAUAUAAUAAACAAGAUAACUAGCAUUGAGAGCGGUCAUUCAAUGGGUGUUGAUGCGAUGACAAAACAAACAUAUAAAAAUUUGCAACAACAAUAUACAGAUGCUAUUGCGAAAUUAUCAUUAAACUCAUGGGUUCUCAUAUAUCAACAAAGUAAGAAUUCACUUUUACAUUUCAAUAAUAGUAAAUAUUUGAAUCAACUUCAAGUUGCAUUACCACAAGAUUGCCGAGAUAUAAUGAAUGAUCCAAUAUUGGUUGAUUUGGAAACUCACUUAACAAAAUCGUCACCUAUUAUUAAAUCGAGAAACCUUUCACCAAACGUCGGUAAUAGUAGUAGUAAUAAUGCUAACCAAUCUCAUAAGAGAAGAUCAUUUUAUGGUGCUGGUGGAACUCUUAGUGCAUCGGGGUUGGGUAUAUUGCCAGGUACUGUUAAGAGAAAUGGUAACAUGACCAAUAAUGGUGGUUCAAGUAGAAAUUUGCGAGAAAGUAGUAAUAACAUAAGUAUAAGUAAUAAAUGA